GCCCCUGAUUCUCACUGUGAUUGAAGGUUUGCUGGGAACAUGGACAGAAGUGCUGCCAAAAACCUGCUAAUGUCACGGUCUGAUGGAACCUUCCUCGUGCGGCAGAAAGAUGGAGGAGAGUUUGCCAUCAGCAUCAAGUUCAACAUGGACAUCAGACACAUUAAGAUCACAUCCACUGAAGGCCUGUACCGCAUCAAUGAGAAGAAAGCAUUCAAGGGUUUAAUUGAGAUGAUUCAGUUUUACCAGCAGAACUCUUUGAAGGAGUAUUUCAAGGAUGUGGACACCACCCUACGGACGCCUUACAAACAACCAGAGCAGAGCAACUCGUCCAACGACACGCCAAAUAGCACACCAGGAGGCAGCAUGAGGAGUUUUGGCGUAGCGAGGGCCAGGUACGACUUCUCAGCCAGGGACCGUUCAGAGCUGUCGCUGCGGGGAGGGAGACACCAUCAAGAUCCUAUCCAAGAAAGGUCACAGUGGUUGGUGGAAAGGAGAGGUGUAUGGCCGGGUGGGGCUCUUUCCAGCCAACUAUGUGGAGGAGGACUACUCUGACUACUGCUGACGUGGCUGCAGAGAAGAUGUGAGAACCCAAACUAUAUGUGCAGGAGACUGUGUGAUACCUGGUCCCCAUUGAUUGCAUUAACCCAUAUGCACGUGUGUCUGUGUGCGUGUGAGAGAGAUGCUGUUACUUGUGAUCUAAUGAGUGUCUAGUUAUGUGAAUAAAACUUUUUUCCAACUGA